UUGUCGGACACGUCUCUGCGCGUUAUAAAAUAUGUGGUAAAGAUGAUUUUUUUUCCAUAUGCAUAAGCGAUUAACAUAAACACGGAAAACAUGGAUACGAUGACUGCAAACAGUCAAGCUUCAUCAAACACGAGCACUUGUGAAACUAGAGAGGAAAGUAAAGAUUCAGCAGUUGUGACAGGAAAUACUGCAACACUUGCCCUGCCUGACGUUAAUCUAGUGUGCGUUGAAUAUCCAGGAAUUGUCAACAAUGUGGACAAAAUGUUGGAAAGCAUUGGACGGGAUGAGGGGGUGUCCAAGACAUAUGGAGAUUCUUCCAAAAGACUUGAACUUCGCUUUCGGCCAAAAGACCCCUUCUGUCAUCCUGUGAAUGGAAAUCGAUACUCCUCCACCAAUCUUCUCCUCAGAGUUCGCCGCAGAACCAACAAAGGAAGUGGGGAGACCCAAAUCAGCAUGGAGAUAGUGGGACUUAUAGGAACCACGUAUAAAUUUCAAGGAAUGGCUGAUUUUCAGUACCUUGCUACUCACAAUGAUCCAGAUGGCAAUCAGGUCUCUUUGUAUGACAAGAUAAUUUUGCGUAAACCUGAAAAGAAAGAAUUCUACGAUAAUCCAGUGCCUCUUUUCAUACCUCCUCCUAUUUUCUCCCGUCUGGACACUCCUGUGGAUUAUUACUAUCGUCCGGAUGUUCUUCACAGCAGGGAAACUGCAAUGCAGGCUUCUCUCUUAAAGGAUCAGCUUAUUGCCCCAAAUAGGACUCGUCGGCCGAACAAUGCCAUUUUUGUCAACUUUGAUGACAAGACCGUACCAUCAGAGCCUUUAGAAGCUGCUGUAAAAAGCUGGAAGAAGAUCGGUGUCCAUCCUUAUGACGUAAAAGCAGAGCAACAAUUAAAAGAGCUUUUCGAGAGAAGACCCAUAUGGUCCCGAAACGGCAUCAAGGCCAACGUCAGUUUUCACCCUGAAAAAAUGAAGCACCUCCUCCCUUAUGUGGCCUACUACAUGUUGACAGGGCCAUGGAGGAGUUUGUGGGUCAGGUAUGGAUACGAUCCCCGGAAGAUCCCCGAAGCAAAGAUCUACCAGGUUCUAGACUUCAGGAUCCGCUAUGGGAUGAAGCAUGGAUAUACCGUCAAUGAUAUGCCAGUGAAAUCCAAGAGAAGUGCUUAUCAUUACAGUCGUCCAACCACACUCAACAGAGCAGUUCCCCAACCUGCUAGUGUGAGUGACAUCACAAUGGAAAGCCCUUCAUCAACGGGACCCAAACCUGCCACUUCUAAAUAUCUGCUCAUGGAAUCCGUCUACAUAUUCCGGGAAGGUAUGCUUCCUCCAUACCGCCAGAUGUUUUACCAGCUUUGUGAUCUGGAUGUAGACAAAAUCAAGGAGAUCAUCCAUAAGAAUGAUGGGAAAGAGGAGGUGUGUGAUGAGAGAGAUGGGUGGUGUUUGCCCAACACAGCUGAUGAGCUCAGGAAUAUCAUCUCCGAUAUGAUCCAAAAACAUGUCCAAGCCAACCGGCCAGCUUCAUCCACUCCGAAAACUAAAAGAAAUCGAGCCGGAACGGUAGACAGUGGAGAGGACGAAGAUGAUGACGAUGAAGAUGAUGAUGAAGAUUACAAGCCAUCCUAUGAGAGUGACAAUGAAAUGGAAACGGAAAUUGCAGAUUACCUGUAAUUUCAUUUUAGGUUAAUGCAUGCACUUGGAUAUGUGCAUGCAUUAACCUAAUGCAUGCACAUAUGUAAAAAAAUGUAAAAAAAAUUGUGAAAUGGUUUUACACUGUUAGAAAGGUACAAAGGUCACCGGGGCGUUAACCUUAUAAAAAGUACACUUUUGUACCUAAAUAGAACAUAUUCAGACCUUUUAUAAGGGAUUCUGUACCUUUUUAUGGCAGUGUAGUAUUUAAAAUGUUUUUUACCUAUUAGAUAAUAAAUCAUUGUGUUGAAUAAAGUGACUGACCAAAUAA